UUGCUUCUCUCGUGGGAUUUCUACUGAGAAAACCUUGACGCAGAUUGAGAGUUCAGGUGUCAUCGCCUGCCUUCGUGCCAAUAGAACUGGCAAUUGAAGCUGCAUGUGCUGCACUUCAUGGUGGCAUUUCAGUUCUGGAGAUUGUGAUGUCGACCCCAGGUGUGUUUGAGGUUCUACAGCAGCUAGUACAUGACCAUCCUACAAGAGUCCUAGGGGUAGGAACUGUACUAAAUGUUGAGGAUGCCAAAAGGGCAAUGAUAGCAGGAGCCAAGUUUCUUAUGAGUCCUGCUAUGGUUAAGGACAUUUUGGUUGAUUUUCAAUAUAGUGGAGUUCUAUACAUACCUGGUGUUAUGACCCCAACAGAGAUAUUGUCUGCAUAUGAUGCUGGUGCCAAAAUUGUCAAGGUUUAUCCUGUUUCUGCAUUAGGUGGCUCACAAUAUAUAUCAGCUAUCAAGAAGCCUUUUCCCCAUAUCUCAAUGGUUGCUUCUCAAGGCAUAACAACAGAUUCAGUUGGGGAGUAUAUUGCUCAGGGAGCAUCGUCGGUUGUUUUAUCAGAUGCCAUAUUUGAUAAAGAAGCAAUGGGUCAAAAAAAUUUCACUAAAAUCUAUCAACUUGCAAAUGCCGCAGCUUUGCAUGGCAAUGAAGCUGUAGACCGUAGGCAAACCAGGGCUCCCUUGUUGGAUUUGGAUUCGAGUGGGUGUGUCCUUGGAGGUACUUUUUGUUGUUGGCAAAGGGUUUGUUAGGAUCCAAAAGCAGCUGGUUACUCUUGGAGGUGUGCUGUUUUGGCUGUUACGUUGUGUGUUUGGUUUGUAUAUACAGUGGUUCUUUAGGGCAACAAGGAAUAAUUGAAGUUUCUCUGGGAUAAGAUUAAAUGUUUAGCUUCUUCUUGGACUUCUUUGCCAAACAUUUUUAAUGACCUUCCUUUCUUAUUGUGUGUUGAGUACAUUAUGUGUUUUGUUUGAUGUUAAGGAACUAAUUUUGAUGAACUUAUCAUCCGUCUUUAGGAACUUUCUUCUAUUUUUGUUGAUAAAGUUUGCCUUUAUCAUAUUAAAAAGUUUGAAAUACUUCAAAGUGGAUUAGUCUUGGAUGGUCAAUUACAAUUUGGGGAUUAGCCUUAGAUGGUAAAUUACAAUUUGGGGCCCAUUUACACUUGAUCCCCACACUUCUGGCUUUGCCUAUCUUAUUAUCCCUAGAGUUAAUUAACAGUCUCAAACCCAAAUCGAGAUUUCCAUCAAUAUUAACAGUCUAAAAUCCAAAUUGGACUUGAUUGCAAGCCUUAAUAAACUACAGGGAUACACAGGGAUACGACUGAAUUGAAAGUAUAGGGACCAAUAUGGAGAAUGGCCCAAAAUACAUGAACUAAUAUUGUAGUUUGGCCGUCUUACAUAUGACCUCCAAUAAUGCUCUUCCCCCUCCCUGUUGCUCACACAGACACGUAUAUAAGUUGCACCCAUCCAUUUAACUGUAUAUCUGCAAAUAAUUUAACUGUAUAUCUGCAAAAUUUGUAACCCACAUUGAUGGAUAGUGAUCCAAAGAUCUUCUACUAACUUGGAGUAUGGAUUGUUGUCUUUAAAAAUAGUACUCAAAGCUGACACUUACUAAUUAGAAAAAUCAUUAAUCAGUCUUGUCUUAAUCCUCCAAUAGGUAUGUGGCAUCGGCGGAAUAUUCUCUUUUUCAGUCUAACAAAAUCCAUAUUAUCUCAUCAUUUGACUUCUCUCUGAUUCCCCACUCUGAUCCCUUACUCUCAUUUACAUCCUUAUGUAUCUUUAGAUUUUAGUCAAGUACUGAAUUGAAUAAAAAAUAGAAAAUUAAAAGGUCUGAAAUCUAUGCAGGGUUCAGCAAUAUACUUCCAAAUGAUCUAUAUUUCUCCUGAGUUCACUGUUUUUCUUAGCGCUCUGACUGCUCCUGUUGUCAUGCA